AUGGUCCGGGGUAGGAGCAAUACCCCUGGUAAGAAGCCGGAGAGUGGCCGAGGUGCAGGUACUCGCAUUGCUUUGGACAAAGCUCUUUUCUCUGUGGUCUCGGCUGCUGGUUGUGACGCCAUUCACUCACCGGAUGAUGCAGCGGCUCUGCUCUGUAGACUUGUCCCGUCCACACCGCAGAAAGAGGGCGGAAAUGGCGCAGCAAAAAACGUUGCGCUUGAUGUGGAGGUGCUCAUCUUGGACGCGGUGGAGAUUGUAUUGGCGGCAUACAACGAAUUCACUGCCUCUUCCACCAAGGAAGGAGAAGCGGCGUCCAAAUCUCUUUUGAUGCGUGCAUCUUUGACGAAUCUUCGCAGCCUUGCGACGCUUCUUUCACAUCGGCCACCGUUUUCUCCUCCGGUGUUGGCUGCGCUUUUUCAGCUCACGAUCCUGGUGGUGAAGCACGCCCCACUUCAGGCGCUUGAUGAAGAGGGGUGCCGUAUGCUUUUGUGUCUUCUGGAGCUUCUUGGAUGCCUGCCACGAGGCGUUGAGACCGCUGGAACGCCAAGCAUUCAGCGUGUUGCCCGUAUUACGGCACGAAAUGUCAUGCGCCGUGUGGGCCCUCGUCUCUGUCCGUCAGCCUUUCCCGCGUCAGUGGAGGCGAGCGGAAAGGUCGCAAAGAGUACCGUUUUGCGAGAAAUAUUGGAGCGUGACAUUAUUCCCUGGGUGGAGAGACAUCUUUUGCCGCUUCAUGCUGUCACAGGAGCCGCAGCGCAGGCAGACCUGAAAGAGGACCGCCGUCUCGCACUUUCGCUACUCGACUUUAUGCUGCUUGGCGACGGUGAUGCAUGCAGUCCUAUGAGCAGCCAACGGAUUUCAAUGUAUUACCUUGCCGAUACUGUCGCCUCACUUCUCGAAGAGGAAGAUGAGGGAGGCAUCGACGGUCCUGACAGAGAGGUGGCACUUGCAUUUCUGCAUCGGGUUGGCCGUACGCUUUCAAACCCGGCUACGGCCUCAUUGGUGUCCACGUCACGUGAGGGUGGAACGCAUGAGGGAUGUGUUCAAUCACCACCGCUCCGGGUGCGAGACGUUAGAGAAUUUUUGAGCGCGAAGGACGCGGCGUACGUUGCGGAAUUUACCCAAUUGUAUGAACGCAUUGAAGAGGAGCAGGAGAACCAGGCUAUCCUCCAGUGGCAACUCGGGGAACUGACAAAGGAGCAUGAGAGAGUACAAAUGGAGAUACAGGAGGGCAUUCUUCAUUCAUUUAAUGCGGAUGAAGGGAAUACAUCAGUUUGUACGUUAAUGAAGGGCGAUUCCACGCAUAACACAACCUCGGCAGCGGCUUCUUCGUCUUUGGGAGAACGGGCGCGAAAUAUCCUGAGUUUUCUUCGACCGGUGGAGGACACUACUAUAGCUCUACAUGAGGAGCAAAAACGACGCCGGGGCCUUUUUUAA